AUGGAGAACUACCACAUCUUGGAGCGUAUCGGCGAAGGGUCCUUCGGGAAGGUCUACAGGGGUCGCCGCAAGUACUCGGGGCUCAUUGUCGCGCUCAAGUUCGUGACAAAGCAGGGUAAAAGCGCUCGAGAUCUCGAGAAUCUACGCCAAGAAAUCAAUAUCCUCCGACGACUAAACCAUUGCAAUAUCAUCGCAAUGAUGGACUCGUUUGAGACAGAAGGAGAGUUCUGUAUGGUCACAGAAUACGCACAGGGAGAGCUCUUCCAGGUCCUAGAAGACGAACACAGUCUCCCCGAAGAGGAGAUCAGGACAAUCGCCAUUCAGCUCAUUCAAGCGCUUCAUGUUCUGCACUCCAACCGCAUAAUCCACCGAGAUAUGAAGCCGCAGAACAUCCUUAUUGGCUCCAAGCAACAGAUCAAACUCUGCGACUUCGGCUUCGCUCGUGCCAUCGCACACGACACGAGUCUGUUGCGGUCGAUCAAGGGCACGCCACUGUAUAUGGCUCCAGAGCUGGUGCAGGAGAAACCCUACAACUACACGGUGGAUCUGUGGUCUCUAGGCGUCAUUUUGUACGAGCUGGCAACAGGGAGGCCUCCCUUCUACACAGACCGGAUCGUGUCGCUGAUCCAGAUGAUCGUACGUGACGACGUCGCGUAUCCGUCCGCAAUGUCUGCAGAGUUCCAGACGUUCCUCAAGGGAUUACUGAACAAAGACCCCGCGCAGAGACUCAAGUGGCCCGAGAUCUUACAACAUCCCUUUAUACAAGAAACACCCGACCAAUUAGAGACGCGUCUUCAGCUCGAGCGUCAAGUUCGCACUCUGCCUCGAUUCUUCAAGGACAAUGAGCUGCACAAGUCGCCAGGAGGCGACAAUGAAGAGAAAAUUAAGCCGAGUGUGGAGCGUCUGCGCUCCAGUGGCGAGUGGAAGAUAUGCGACCCGGAAACUGGUCGACAGCUCUCUAAACCGGAGACUCCAGUCGAGCAUACUGUCAAGACGGAAGUUCCCACACCUCCAGCGGACGAAAGUAACAACCGUGAGCCAUCUCCACCUGCUCGACCGGUUCGUUCCGUGGUUCUCGAGAGUUUUCUAACUGUUUGGGGUCAGAUCAGUCGACAAAUGGACGGGAAACAAGUCGACGAUAAGCUCUUGAGAGCGCCACUAUUCGCCAAUGCCGUCAGUCUGCUACCGUCGAUCCCUACUGCGGAUCUAUCCAGCGACGUUUGCAUCAAAAUUGGGUCUUUGCUGCAGCUGCUGUACCGCUCUUUAGUGCUUGAGCUGAAGAAAACGGAUCAACUAACAGAACUCAGUGGCUUACUGCAGUCUAAAGACAAGAUCCAUCGCUUUCUGACCCACUUGGUGGAGACCAGUAGGGAGCUGCAAGUCAACCAAGAACAGACUAGCGACGUGGUCUACAAGUGCGUGCGAUGCUGUAUGAUCUACACAACGAUCAUCAACUCGAUGGAAUCUGGAAACGAUUUAGAACAUUUAGAUUAUCGCGAGUUCUGCAAAGGCGACGUCGACGUGAUCUCGCAGCUAUUGACUUGCAAGGACGAAGUCGUGGCAGCUUCUCACUCUAAAAUCCUGAAGUGGCUGGGCUCAAUGAUCGAUCGCUCGCAGAAUCUAACGACGCUCCUCGAGGUCGUGUAUCCAUGUGGAGUGAUACAAACCUUAUGUAGAAUCCUCCAUGCGUCGGGGAUUUCACGUUCUCCAGGGGGUAGAAUCUCCCAAACCGGUCGAGACUUGGGUCUGUACUCCGUGUUCGCGUUGGCAGCUUUCGUCCAGCCUGAUGCCAAGUGCUGGAGCCCUCUCCAACCCUUUCCUGUGCUGACUCUAGUUCGUGACGAUACAGAGCCCAUGGAGACGUCCAGUCUACGAGAUGUGAGGCAUCUAUACAAACUUCGGGUAAAAGUCCACUCGGAUGUCGGCUCUCAGCUGCUCAGCAAUGGCGUCGGUGAACUCAUCGCCUUACUUGGGGAUGAAAUUAACGAGCGAGUGCGACUGAAACAAAGCGAGACUGAGGGCGAGGCAGACAUUGGCGAAGAAGACGCGGACCAGUCCACUAUCUGCUGCAUCCUAAAGAUCCUGAUGCACGCGUGUCGGUCCUCUGCGCCUCUCUCGAAGAAGCUCACAGUCACGAAAAUUGUGUUCCAGAAACACCGUGACACCGACAUUUUCACUAUUCUCCAAUGGGGGUUUUCGUCCAACGGGUUACACCAGAUCGAGCAGUACUUUGCAACGGAAUUAUUGUCAGUCAUCCUACGUCGCGGUGUGCUCCCGAAGCGGCAGAUCUGGCGCUGCGCACAGACGUUGUUCCCUGUGCUUCACGACGCGAACGACACGGCCUUAUUGAGUGCGUUGAGCACGUUUUUCGCUGAGAUUAUCGAGACCUGCAACAUGGACGAGUCUGCACUUGGCAACAAUGGCAACCCUGACGCUUUAGAGUCGAUGGAUAAGGAGCUGUGGGACUUGGUAGUUCACGGGGCGCUUACUUCGCGCUGUUCUGAUGCAAUUUUUCGGUUAUUUAGCAAUAAUUCCACUGACGAAGACGGGAAUAUCACGAAAGCGCAGAUGCUCACUAGCUACAAUAUUCGAGCACAAGGACUGCUAGACUCUGGCAUUGUUUUUUUGCUACGAGUGGCGUCAAAAGUUGCCCAAUCACGAGAUGCAACUGCUAAGUUAAAUCACACCGAGGAGAUGAAAUUAUUCAGGUCGGUUUUCCAACAGGAUCAAGUCUGGGAGGUUUUUGACGAGAUGAUGGCAACCGGCGGUGGAGAUCUCCUCUCGCCUUGGGGGUUGUUCUGCUUCCUCAAGCUACUGCGCCUUGUCCGUGAGUUGCAGUGCAACGAGCUGCAAAUGGAGAUCGCGGUGAACGAACAUUUGUUGCUGCAUUUGGUAAAUUUACUCGAGUUGAAGCACAUCGAGUAUCUUUUCCAGUGGCCAGAGAUCGUUGGGGGGGGCAGCAACGCCGUCAAGGCGCUUGUACACGCCACUGUCAAGGUCCUUGGUAUUCCUUUCGCCCAUAGCGUGUCGGAGGAGCUCCUUGUGGACACGCAGGAAAUCCUGUACGAUGCCAAGUGCGUACAGAAACUGCUUGGUGUGCUCCGGUUCGUCUUCUCGACGAAAGAGUUGCAACUCGAGGCGUCGGUGCUAGAGCUACCGAUCAGCUUUCUGUCGCGACUUGUGACCAGUUCGACACAUUUUGGGUCACAAUUUGUGGAAGCGGACGGAAUGAUGGUCAUUAAAGAAUGUGGGAUGCUGAGUAGCAGCUACUCACCUUCCUUGAUCAUCGACGCGCUUUUAAUUGUGAGUCAACUGGCCCGCAGUUCCCAGGACAACUACGAGUGCAUUCUAAGAGCCGAUUUGCUAUCAGAGUUCUACGAGCUGACACAACACGCAGAGGCCAUGGUGCGUGCAAAAGCCUUAAAUUGUAUUGGGAAUUUGUGUCGACACUCGACACUUUUCUACGAGCAGUUAAUUACACCACUUAGCGGAAAAGCGUCCGAUACGGUUCUAGCUGGAAUGAUUCGAGGAUUAUCCGACCCGGACAACUACGUUCGGCGGUUUGCGUGCUUUGCCAUUGGUAACGCAGCGUUCCACACCGGAGAUCUGUACGACGCACUUCGUCCUGCGAUCCCUCUCUUGGUGCAGAAUCUUCACAAUGACGAGGAUAAAACGCGCUCAAACGCCGGAGGAGCACUCGGAAACCUCGUUCGAAACUCGGACGAGUUGUGCGAGGCACUCUGCGGAAAUGACGCUCCUUGGGAGCUCUUUGAGUUGGCAAUGACGGAGACUAGUACGGCUUCUCGACGCAUUGUACUUUUUUCUCUUGGCAACUUUUGUGUGUAUCCGGAAUGCUUCAACUUUCUUGUUGAGGCGGAGCCGGCUUUUGUCGAAGAGCUAGAGCAUCUGUACGAAGAAGUAGUCGCUGAUGAGGUUUCACAACGAAACAUCCGCCGCAUCAUCGCGAAGAUCGAGGCUCUGGAAAAUGAACAGGGGCUAGACCACGAAUAG